CUUCAUUUUACAUUUCUUCAUGUUAAGACUUAAAAGGUUUCUGGACUGAUGAGCUGUCUGUGAACAGUGUGCUGUAGCUACAUGUAAAAGAAGGACACAAACUUGAUUAAAAAAUCACGUUUGCCAUAUGUGGAUAGUGUUUGUUUUGAGACAAUCUCGAAGAGUGAAAAGCUUUAGCUCAAGGUUUUGACAGUAUCACAGAGUUCAUGCGUGUCUUUUUUAGAUUAACUACAGGAAAGAGUGAAUCAGCACAGACAAAGCUGCCAGGAAUCCUCUCUCUAUUGUUCAAGGAGUACGAUUACCAACUCGACAUGCUCAUACUGAAUCCAUAGAUGACUUCUUUUGUAACUACAGUAACACUCAUUGAUCCACAAGCUAUGAAAGGUACAUAACAAAAUGAUGAUCUGGCUGACAAUGAAAACAUAGUUUUUCAUGCUUACAGUUGAUAUAUAACAUUUAUCAAUGAACUGUUCACUUUGUGGAAGAAGGUGAGAAAGAAAGGCGAUCUUGAACUGGCUCUGACAUGCUGAUGAACUGUGGACACACCCUGCUGUUAGUCAGGAGAGAAAAUGGACGACAGCUGCCUGCUUUCGGGAUCAGGCAGAAUAAAUAGCGGUCGCUAGCGGCACGUCACCUCCGGCCAGUUUUGUUGCAUAAUAAGAAACUCGAGCAUACUUUCAGACUCUGGAGGAAGAAGUCAGCCAACUCAAGAAACAACAUCACAUUUGAAGCACUGCUUAGGACUUUGCGAGUGUCUACUUCAUCAAACUGGAACACUUCUGGUUUAAAAUGCCAAACACGAGCCAGUAACAAGGUGGCUAAGACAACAUCUCAAGCAAGACGACAAUGUACAGAGUAGGCUUCACUAGAGACCAUCAGAGGUCGGUUUCAAUGUCCGAUUCGCAUUUUGCAUCGGACGCAUAACCCAACACAUCACCACUCCUUUUCAUGCUUCAUGGUCUCUUUCAGAGAUGAUUCUGUGUAGUCAGAUGGGGUUUGCAGUUUUGUACUGCAUACUGUGGUUCACCGCACCUGUCUUUCUGCGCUCCGAAUUCAAGGUGGCAUACGUCACAGAGCGCAGCGUCUACAUGUGCACAUGUGUGCAGGAUUUGGCCUUCUGUGACGAAAUGAACUCCAGUGAAUGUAACAACUGCAAGGACCAUUCGUCUGUGCUGCAGAGCCCCAGCCCGGUCCAAAAGAAACGCCUUACAGUACUGUACACUUCACCGCUUGAGGUGGCCCUUCUUCUCAACAACUCAGAGGUCAGACACUUGACAUUGGUCCAGUGUAAGCCCGCUAAUGACCAGCCUAUAUCAUUUGACUACUUUGCAGUUCAGCGCCUGGAGAGGCUUACGAUCACCUACCCAUUCUGGAAGCCUGACCAGAGUUAUGAUGUGAUUAUAGGCAAGGACAGGGGCGCUCCAUACCACGAGGAGGCCCGAAUCGCCAUCAUUCACACUUCUGUGUUGACUGGAAAAACUGAACUGAAGUCCUACACAGUCCGAACCGAAGUGGAUCGCGCCGGCUUGACGUCCUUCCCAAACAUUUUUAUGUCUCGCAAUGGGCUUUUAGAAAUGUCCAGGAUAUUUAUCACUUUCCUGUACUAAAAGGAUCAACCUUCUUUUUCACACACAUGCAGAUAUAGCCUUUGCCAUUUGUUGCCAUUAUUAUUUCACAAAUAUCCAUUAUAUCCAUUAUACAUAUUCUGUAAUGUACAUAAUACAUUUGCAACAGAAAUAAAGUAUUUAACUGCUGUAUACAACUACA